ACCAACUCAGGUUCACCUUGUAUUGAUUGCAUGACGAGUAUGGACGAGGGUCAGCCAGGAGAGAGCUCCCCGCCGCUGCCAAUACAGUUUCCCGAUGGCAAGGGUACAUCUACCGGUCGCUCGAUGUCAGGAAACAACGCUAUCAGCAGCGUAACAGCCACUCUCCCCAACGCGAUUCUACGAGGCACAUCGCGUCUCUUGGGGUCGUUGCCGACAACAUUGUCGGGCUUGGAUUCGUCGGCGAAAUUGAAGCCCAACAUGCUCACGACAGCCGCGGGAGUCAUUCGCUUCAAGAAAAAGUUGCAAGAACGGGCCGAGGAGGCCGAGCGAAAGCGACUGGAAAUCAUGAGCUACGCCACGCGGCACCAGCACGUGCUGGAUACGUAUCAGAUCCGAACAACGCACACGGUGCUGCCACGUAAUCGGCUAGCAGCCGACAAGAAAAAGGCGUGGAUGAUGCUGUACCCGACGUCCAACGUGUUCAAGCUGUGGCAACUGGUGCGUGCGUCCUGUCUGUUGUGGCACUGAUACAUAUAUGUAUGUGUACGGUGCAUGGACGUAGCUGCUGCUAGUGUUGGUGUACUAUCAAAUGCUGGCGGUGCCGUAUUCACUGGCGUUCGAGUCGACAGACACCAACCCGACCAACGACUUCGUCAACAUUGCCACAUCCCUUGUGUUCUGCCUCGACGUGGUGCUGCAGUUCAACACAGCGCUGAGCCACCCACGCAUUCCAAAUACGUUUAUCACAGACCGUCAGGCCAUCGCCAAGCAAUACGUUACCGGAUGGUUCCUCAUGGAUCUCCUCUCGAGCAUCCCUGUGGACUUUGUCACAUACUUAAUCGAACAGCAGAGUAGCGAACGCCACUUGCACGUGUUGGCAGUGCUCAAGGUGGCGCGGUUGCCACGCCUGAUCAAGAUCUCGCGGCUGUCGCGCAUUUUAGAGUUUCUCCGGUUGCCGCUGGAAUGGAAGCGGUGGUUCCUCUACUCUCGAUACGCGCAUUUGAUUCGCCUCAUGACGCUGGUACUGGCGUUUGGCGUCACUGUGCACUUGUUUGCGUGCGUGUGGUUCGGCAUGGUGGCCGAUGACGACUGGGCGAUGGUGAUUUACAACGCCAACUUUGAAGACGUCGACCCGUACUUGCUGAGCUUUUACAUGUCGCUGCAGACCAUCUUGGGCCAGAACCAGCUGUUCCAAAGCGACCACGAGUACUCGUUCUCGAGCAUCGUGAUCCUAGUUGGCGCCGUGGUCAUGGCUGUGGUGUUUGGGAACGUCGCUAUCUUGAUCUCCAACUUCUACAACGACCAGAACCGGUACAAAGGAAAGAUGGAAACGCUGUUUUCAGGAAUGCAAUUGCUGCGAUUGCCGCGGGAGCUUCAAAUGCGCAUCCAUGAAUACUACCAGGCCAUGUACGAACGCUACGGCACGCUGGAUGGGAAUCCGGAAAACUUCAAGGACGAGCUGUCCAAGAACCUCCGCGUGGAAGUCGAGCUGUUCCUGCGCAUGGCCAUGAUCGUGCGGACGCCACUGUUCCGCGCGUGCAGCAACGAAGUGGUUAGGGAACUCGUGAUGAAGCUCCGGUUUCAAGUGUACCUCCCCGACGACUUUGUGAUUGUCCGGGGCGAAGUCGGCUACGAGAUGUACUUUAUCCAGGACGGCGCGUGCCAGGUCACCAAGGCCGUGAUCAAGCGCAAUUCGAUGCGGUUGUGCCCCAAGGAUGGCGACACCGCGCCCAAGCGAAUGGGCCAAGGCGACUACUUUGGUGAGAUAGCGUUGCUGCUCAACUGCAAACGGACCGCCAACGUACAAGCGGUCGAGUUUUCCGAACUGUGUGUGCUCUCUCGCGAAAUGUUUGAAGAUGUGACGAGCAAGUACACGGAAGACCGCGCGGUCAUUGAAAAAUUUAUCACGGAAAAGUACGACCCAGAUGUCCUCAAGCAGGCGGUGGCCCAGCACGACCAGAACCACGGCAGCGACGCCAGCAGUCACGAUGACGCAGUCGUCGAGUGCAUUCGCAAGCUGACGGAGCGCGUUAUUCAAGUCGAGACCCUGGUCAUGGAUUUGGAAUCCAGAUUUCGUAUGCAGCAGCACUUCCAAUCCAUGGCGGCAAAACACUCACCAGGCAUGUCGGCGUCGCCGUCCCAAAGCCACAUGUCGCGCCAGACGUCAAUCCAGCGGGGAAUGGUGGCACGCCAGCCUUCCGUGUCGGCGCUUCUAGCCGCGCCCCCCAGCCUGUCCAUCAUGCGAGCAUCGAUUUCCAAGCCAAGUCUCCACAACGGCUCUGGUACGGCGUUGCCCGGCCAGACUAGCGGCGACGCCGGGAUGGCAACUGGAGCAGCGUCCUCCCUGGUCACGCAACUGACGUUGGACCGGAGCUCGUCGAGGCGGCACAUCUCACCUGUCCUAUAACGAUACCCAUUUCCGUUUCUAAAGAAGCAUAGUGAAAGGGCCAAACAAAACACUAGCCAAAACGUCCACUGAAUGUACACUUCAAUGCGUCUCCAUCG